ACUAAUCUCCUGAGCUGACCAGGCAGAGCUCACAAACAAGCUGCCCCUAGGGCUUAGAACAUCCGCAACACCAGGGAGCCAACCUCAUAUUUAAACACCAGUAAAAAUGUUUUUAAAAAAAAAAAACAAAAAAAAAACGUUAUGUAAAUUACGGAAGAAGGAACGAAUAUGGAAGAAGGAACAAUGGGUGCAAAGGAAAGACACAAAUGGAAAGAAAAUGAAAAAAAGAGAACGCAAGGAGGAAAAUGUGAAAAUGAUGACAAAAAUAGGAAGUGAAUGUGAAUGGGCCCCAGAAUCAGUCUAAUGGGAAGUACGUUAGUACGUUAGUCAAGAGAGGGGAGGGGAAUGUGUGUGUGUGUGUGUGUGUGUGUGAGAGAGAGAGAGAGAGAGAGAGAGAGGCAUGACUAGUUGCUAGGCAAGCUCAGCCUCUAAAUCAUUAUGCCUCUGGUGAGCUCUCUCUCGUUGUAUCACAUGGGGAAUGUAGCUGAGCAGCCAAGCAGCCAGUCAAACAGAGAAGAGAGGAUAGCACACUGAUUACAAAGCAGCAGAAACAAGAGCUUCAAUAACACCACUAUCUGCAUGCAGUGUGUGUGUCGGCAGCUCUUACAGCACACACCAGCUAACUAAAUGGCACUACAGCAGGCAUGACUCUCCUCUGCCUCAGGCAGCAUGUAUUUAGCUGAGGUCACCGUGGAGCAGACUUUUCUGGACGUCAGAGUUAUUUAAUGGUUAACCUUAUUUAAUGAGAGGACCAGACUCUGCUGCAGCUAAAAGGUAGGAGCCCUCUUUGGUUGAUGUAUUAAGUCAUGUGUGAGAUGGGGGAUAGUUGUGAAAACCUCCACUAGGUCACUAGAUUUAAUGUGUUUGGUGGCUUGGUGGAAAAUUUUCACAGGUCAAGAACAUUGCUGCAAACAUUUUAUAAAUGAUUACUCUAUUCUAUAUCCCAACUUGACUGAAAUGAAAGGACCUUUGUAUAAAAGGGUUCAAAUGUCUAGUUAAAGAUUAUUCAUUUUCCACUAAAGCACUUAGUGCUUAGUACUUUGUGAGGAAUGGAAGGGCUGUAGUUGAGUUCUCUGUGUUAUCUUUCAGGAAGGAAAAAAUCAGUUAAAAAAAACAAGUGUUAUCAAUCUCUGUGAAGCAAGAGCAUGUGCAUUCAUAUUGCAUGUAUGUGUGUUACUCUGACAGCGAUAUGCAAAUGGAAACAGAGAAACUUAUUUGUAUACAACACUGGGCACCUGCUUUCAAAAACAAUAUAAUGUGAAAUUUGCAUGGGGUUAUUGGAAAAUAUUUGCCAGUCUUUGAAAGGCAGGCAAACAAAAAGGGAUGACUAAUGAGAAGGCUAGACCUUGAUGUUUUAGUAGUCAACCUGUAGGCAAAUGGGACAUCAAGCUGCUCAGUCAAGAUCUGACAACAAUAAUGACAAUGGUAAUAAUACAGACCUGCCAACCCCGAAGAGCAAUAACGCUUAUUCCCUGCGGGGGUGGGGGUGAAGUAAAAACACAGUACAUUUUCGAUAUGAUUUGGCUGAAACCUUUCACAAAUCAUUUGUCUAAGGUAGAAAGUCUAGUGUGCGUAUGUACAAGGUUUUACAGUAGCCACCAGACGCUUAUGGUUGAACAUGUCUGUGCUACCAGUGCAGGGCAGCAAGCUGCAUUUUUAAUCACUUUCUAUUUAUCAAUAGCAUUAAAACUAUUUGUAAAGUGACACUUUCUUAUAGGCCUAUUUAAACUUUUUAUCAUUUUUUUUCUCUCCUGAAAAAGUGCAUCUUUUUCGCUGGCAUCCCUAAUAAACAUAGUUAAGUGACUGUAACUAUGAUAAUGUCUGCAGCAUACUCUGGUGUUAAAAUGCAGCGUCCCUCCAAGGUUGGUAGGUCUGAUGAUGAUAAUAAUAAUAAUAAUAAUAAUAAUAAUAAUAAUAAUAAUAAUAAAUGAUUUAAAUAGAAAAACUUUAAACAAAGGUUUUUUAUAAUACAACACAUUAAUGAAGUAAUCUACAAUCAUUAAUGAAUGAACUACAAAUCCAAGAAUAUUAUUCCAAAUCAUGAAACAUAUAAACAUGUAUUAAUAUCAUGAAUAUAUAAAUAUCACAGAUAUCAUUAAUAACAGUGCAAUCCAACAGUACCAAAUUAACCUUAAUACCAUGCUAACAUUGAUGCCAGUCAAAUUUAAAUUUAGGAUGUGACUGAACUUGUGAGUAGAACCUGGAAUAAUGGGCAUAAAUGCAGUGCUGAAAGGGUUACCUUCUUUCACAAUAUAAAUUUUUGUCAGGAGACCAACAGACUAGACAGAAAGCUUCUCUUGUCUUGUCUUGUCUUGUCUAGUCUUGUUAGUGUAUGGUGUAAGAGGUCUAUAAACUGUAGAAAGUGUUAAAGAAUAUUCUUUUCUAGAAAAAGGAAAAGUACUAACAAGUAGCAAAAAAAUCUUGUUAACAGCAAAAAUUUUAAUUACAGUAUAUUUAGCUAUGAGUUUGCAUACCUUUCACUUAACUUACUCAUUUUUAUUUUACUCUGUCUACACAUUUCAUAUGGUCAUACAUAGACUAGUCUGCUUGAUGCUGGAUUAUGCUCCAGCUUGAGAGUGCCAAGUGGAGUUUUCUUCUAUGCCUUGGAAUCAGCAUCCUGAUCUGCUCAGUCAUUUAUCUUAAGGGUAAACCUUCUUAUGCUCCAAGGCCACUACACCGCACCUUGAGCUGCCGUCCAUUCCCUGAAAGCUGUAAAGCUUUACCACCCACUUCCUCUUACACAAGAUGGGAAAGAACAGAAUGUCAGGAGCUGAGCUUUAACAAUCCACUCAACUGCUCCCGUAUACAAUCUGAGCUUCACUUUAUUAUGGAGACCCUGAGCAAAGAAGAGGAGGACUACCCUCUGGCCUUCAUCAUCACUAUCCACAAAGACCUGGAGAUGUUUGUGCGUCUGCUCAGAGCCAUCUAUGCACCACACAAUAUCUACUGCAUUCACAUAGAUGCCAAAGCUCCAGAAGACUACAGAGUAAGUGUUGAGAGAUUGGCAGAGUGUUUUCCCAAUGUUUUUCUAGCCUCAGUUAGUGAGACAGUGACCUAUGCUGGUUUUUCUCGCCUGAAGGCUGACAUUAAUUGCAUGGAGGACCUGGUGAGAUCUCCAGUCAAAUGGCAAAGGGUGAUAAACCUGUGUGGCCAGGAUUUCCCUGUUCAGAGCAACCUGGAGCUGGUCCGAUAUAUGCAAGAUGCAGAAUGGAGAGAUAAUAAUAUGACUCCAGGCGUAAAACAGCCAAAGGACAUGCAACACAGGACUCAAAUACAGCAUAUAGAAGUUAAAGGUGAGCAGGUGGCCUCCAUGGGUCAAGGUUACCAAAAGACUCCCCCUCCACACAACCUGACGAUCUACUUUGGUACAGCCUACUAUAGUCUGCAAAGAGCAUUCGUGGAAUAUGUGCUCACCAGCUCAGUGGCCAAAGACCUGUUGGAGUGGUCCAAGGAUACCUACAGCCCCGAUGAGCAUUACUGGGUAACCCUUAACCAUGUGGAAGAUGCCCCUGGCAGCAAUGUAAACGCUGGCUGGGAGGGUAACAUUCGAGCCAUUAAAUGGAAAGACCAAGAAGGAACAGCACAUCAAGGCUGUAAUGGACAUUAUGUCAGGGAUAUCUGCAUCUACAAUGUUGAGGAUUUACCCUGGAUAAUUGAGAAGAACAGCAUGUUUGCUAACAAGUUUGAGAGCAGUAGUUUUCCUGAAGCUCUUGACUGCCUGGAACAGUGGCACAGGCACAAAGUCCUUCAGCAGGCAACAGUACCCAUUCAGAUAUCAUGGCAACUUGCAACAGAGGUCAAUAUUAGUAGUGCCACAGUAGCAGGCUGAAUUAAAAAAAAGCCAAAGAGAUAAGGUCACAGUUGAGAUAGUUAAUUCUUAAACUAAAUUAUCCACACAAUUCAACAUGAAAUGAUUAAUCCAUGAAACAUGGAUACUGAGCAGAGACUUUUACUUUUUUUUUUUUUUUUUUUACAUUUUUGUUUAUUUAUUUAUUUAUUUUUACUACUCAUGUUUAUGUAUGUAUUUAUUUAUUUAUGUAUGUAUGUAUUACUUAUAAUGUGUGAAUUAAAACUAUUAAUUGCCAUAUAUUAUAAAGGAGAGUAUAGAGUUAAUAUGCAGCACUCGUUACCUUUUAUAACUCAUGAGUGGCUCUGAAUAAAAUAAAAAGCAUUAGUCCAUUUCUAGGUUGGUCAUUUUAACAUGUUGUCCGCUGUCAUCUGGACAGAGCAUGUAAGAUCUCUUAUAGUUUACUAAUCCUACUAUUUGAAAGUACAGAGCCAAAAUAGAUUUAGUUUCAGAUAUUAUGAACAACCAUACAAUAAACCUGCUCAUCGGUCCUGCACAGCUUAAUAGCAGAAAAUAAAUGCACUGGUCACCCUCCCACUGCCUCACUGUGUUAUGAUUGUUCAAAAUGGUACAGCUAACAAUUCUAUAUCUAUUAACUGCAAUUAUCGCUGCAAUUAUUACUGUACUGCAAUUUUAAACUAUUUCAUUAGGCUUAUGACAUUAUAAUAAUACACAUCUUGAGUAGGAUUUAGCGAGCUAUAAUUUUGUGUGAUGCUGUUUAGACAUUAUUCUACUUACUUGACAUUGAAAAAACAAAAUAACAAACAAAAAAACAAACAAAAAACACUGUACUAAAUAUUUUGGUGGAGUUUUCCCCUGUUUUCAUGUUUUCAAAACACAACUCACUGGCCAAUAAACAAGCCUUUUAUGGGAUUAAAAUAAGAAGAAUUAUAAUCAGUAAUAAAUAAAUAAAGAAUAAAACAAUCAGGAUUAAUAAAUUUUUCACUAUUAAUACACAUUGACCUGUCUCUUCUGGUCUUUGUAGGAGACUUUUUAACAGUAAACCCAUGGAUGAAUAUUUAGAAAGCAAUGUUUUCCUUUUUUUAUUUACUUCCCUUUUUUGUUUCCUCUACCCUUGGGAUUUCUCAUUUUUGUCAGAAUAAACUGAUCAUCAUAAUACAUGGAAAUUCCAAAGCCCCUUUGACCAGUUUAUUUCAAAAUACAUACACAGGGAAUUUUAUCUGCUUUCAGACUUGUGCUGUGCUAGGAUUUAUGAUUUUCUAGGCAGCCAGAAAGCUAGGUUGUUCUUGAGUAGAGCAAUAGGUGUUUUUUUUCCAGUUUUUCCAGAGUCAAGCACCUUUAAAACAACUUGACUGGAUGAAAACUAUGCAAUGGAACGAAUAAUUUGAUAAAGAAGAUUGCAAUUCAUGAGUGAAGUUUGCUGUCAAUUUCAAUACCAUUCAAAGCAAGAGACACAGAAAAUGACCUAAAAAUACGGGUUACAAUAAUUUGUACUGUACAUAAAAAUCGGCAGUAUCCAACUUCUGACACCGAGAGUGAUUUGCAGGAAUAGUCUUAUUCGUAUAUAAGUCAAAACAUACCCUACAUAUCUACAUGAAUGCAAAUGACAAUGUCUGUCCAAAACCUUUCUAAAGCACAUUCCUUUUGUACAUACUCAAUGUGAACUUGAAGGGAUUUGAAGGGAAAUCUUAAAACUAAGGUAUACAAAUGCAUUCUAGACAAUUGUGUGCUUUCAACUUUAUGGCAACAGUUUGGGGAAGACCCACAUAUAGGUGUGAUGGUCAGGUGUCCACAUAUUUUUGGCCAAAUAGUGUAGAAAAGCUGAUUUAUCACAAUUUAUCUUGCACCCUGAAAGUGUACUGAAUACAAAAUAUAAUCCACAUGUAAGGAAAUUUAGUGCUGAGAGUUAAUAAUUAUAAGUUAUAAUUGAGCUGGGUGAUAUCAGAUUUGAUUGCCGUAUUGCUUGGGCUAAGGGUUCUAAUGAAAAUAAAAAGAGUGACAGGGAAAUCCUUGGUGAGUACCCCACCCUAAUGAAAAAAGUGUUGAGCAUUUCUGACCUGAUAGCAGGGUUUGAUCCUCCCUGAAGGAUGUCAAAUCUAGAUGUGUGUGUGUGUGUGUGGGAUGGGGGGCGUAAAUGCAGGAAGUACCACGCAAUCAUGCAUUUGGGGUGGGUGGGGGGCCUAAAUGCAGGAAGUACCAUGCAAUCAUGCACUCAAUCGGCCAAAUGCAAAUGCAAAGAGAUAGCACGGGGGAUACCGUAAGUGUUUGAAAGACACUUUUUCUUGUAAAAUAAAUGUUGUAAUCUAAAUGUAGUUGUAUCUCAAGCAUAAAUGUCCCACACAGUUCAACAAAAUGAAAUGACUAUGGUGAACUGAGUAAGAUGAAGUUUACCUAUCGUCUUGAGGUCAUUUUAAGUCUUGAGUGUGAAUGAAGCAAGCUGAUAAAAUACUGUUAAUUAAAAUAGCAUCCAAAUUUGAACAAAUAAUUCAAAUUCAACCACAAAAAUGUAAAUUAGACCAUAUACAUUACUCAUGUAAUACGCAUGUAUUUUAACGGGCACCUAUGAUAAUACAUGUUUAUAAAUAAAUGUUUGCCUAAUACAAAGUUUCUUAUGUACAAUGUUUUGAAGAAGCACUGAGUAGGUUUAACUGUUCUGUAGUUUUAAGAGCUAUUGUGUACAGUGCAUACUGCAUUAUGGUGUACUUUUUUUUUGUUAUUAACUGCAUAUUUUAUUUAAUAAAUAAGAUCCAAUUGAAUUACGUGUGCUAAAUUCAGUUCACUGAAGCACGCAUUUGCAUUACAAGAACUGAAAGUCAAUGUAUAAUUCACAUAUUGCCUCAUAGUAGUUAUGCUGAAGGGUUUACAUGCAGUAUUUUUAUCAUAGCAAUGAAAGUGCCACCUAAACACUUGUUCUAAUGUGGACCACAGAUAUUGCCAUUCGAAAUGCUCAAAGGCUUUUAUAGCAUCCAGUGAGAAAUCAGACCAGAGGGAUUCAGUUUCUUCUGCAGAGGAAAUAAUAUGCAAUAAGCGCCUAAUAUUGUCAGCAGCCAAAUGAUUUUUUUAUGAAGCCUGUUUGGUCACAAUGAACCAAUGUUGGUAUUAUUGUUUCCAAAUGGCAGGCCAGCACUUUUGUGAAGAGUUUUAUAUUUACAUUUACAUUUAUGGCAUUUGGCAGAUGCCCUUAUUCUAAGUGGCAUUUAUAAACAAGACUGGAUGGUAGCUACUACAGCAUGUUGGAUCUUUGUCAUUUUUAUGUAGUAAUGAAAUAAUUCUGUAUAUGAAGGCACUUAUCAAGCCCUGCCCUACAACUUGUUCUCUUCAAUCUUCUAGCAUGGCUCAACUGAUUCCACCAUCCCUCUAGAUACGACUAAGACAAAUAAAUCAAGAUUCUUCUCUCUUCUGGCACCCAGGUAGUAGAAGGAACUUCCACUGAGUCAAUGGUCUCAAGAAACCUGAAGACCUACCCCUUCAAUAAGCAAUUAAACAAGCUCUAAAAGAACAAAAGAAGCACCUUAAUGUGUACUGCUUUUUUGUUUUUUUACUAACUCAGGAUGUUAACUUGGAAAUUUCUUAGACCCUGACCUGUUUGUAGUAGCACGAUGAAAGGUUUUUGAUUAAGACUACAAAAUGCUCUUUUUUGUAAUCUUUCUUUGGUGCAGAAUGAAGUGUCAUGAAGUGAGUGUACAACCAUUUCUUAGUAAAUGGGCAGACAAUAUGCCUUUAUACUUGUUUGGAAACAUAAUAAUGUGUUCAUCUAUAAUUACUAACACAGUAUAAUAGUAAUUACACUUACUUUCUCUUACCCAUAUUUCACCUUUCCCCAAACUUGGAUCCUCCCCUCACAUUGGUAGACGCUGUAUGUCAUCAUAUUUUGCUUUGUUGAACCUAGCAUUUUCAUUGUUGCUUAUGCUAAUCAAAACAGUUAAUAAAUACUCUCAGUAAUCUUCGUGUGUUUGUAUAAGUUUAUAUCCACACAUACAGUUGUAUGCAAAUGUUUGGGUGCCCCUGGGUAAAUCAUAUAUUUUGUUAAUUUUUAAGUGAAAAGAAAAAAACAGGAAACAAAAAAACCUCUAAGAUAGACAAGAAAACACUUGAUGGCUUGAUCUGCAUGGAAGAGUCAUCAGAAGGAACAUCAUUCCUGUGACCUCAUCAUAAUAGUCAAUGUCUAGUGUAGACAAAAUAACAACUGGGUAAUCCAGAAGCAUUUCAGAAACAAGUGCUAUGGACUAAGGAACUCUAGACAUGGGGUAUCUUG